AUGGAAGCGGAAGUGGGCGGUGGCAUCGGGGCCUCUGCUGGACGAUACAGGCCUCCCGCGCUGCGCGCGCUGGCCUCGCAGACCUCCGACCUCCCAUCGGCGACGAACCCUUCCGACGCUGGUUCCCUUCCCCCGAGCAAUUAUCCCCCGGGCUUCCGCAGGGCGCGCGCGGGGACCCUGCCCUCCAACGUCCACCUCGCCGCGCAGCGCUUCGCAGCGGCCUCCAGCACGCUCGGUAGCACCCCCGGCUCGACGGAAUCGUUCGCGGAGCAGCUCCAGAUGUCGGCCCAGACGCCGCCCGCCGUCAACCCGGUGCGGCCCAACCUGCGCCAUACCGCGUCCGUCGCGACCUCGAUCCCGUCCUCCGCGCUCGGCGAACGCCACGCCCGCCUUCGCUCCGGCUCGCUCACGCUCCCGAGCCAGCAGAGCAUGAGCAACGCCUUUGGGUCUUCCCUUUUCUCGUCCGGGUGGGUGCCCGACCAGAACGGCGGUGCUGGUGCGGGGGGGAUGCACACCCUCGACGAGAUGCGCUCCGUCGCGUCCAUGGACUCGGGCGCGGACGACUUUGACGUGCACACGCUCGACUACCUCGGUUUGGCCGACGGCCAGCGUCCGGCGACGAUCUCCCAGCUGCGCAACCAGGCACAGGCCGCCAUCACCGGCAACAUCCCGAACCCGUCUUCCCGCGCCAGGGCGAGCACGGUGUCCAACCCGUACCGUCAACGUCUUGGCGCGGGCGGCUCGUUGCUCGGUACCCCGCAUGGGGACGAGGAAGACAUGUACGAUGACUACGCGAGCUCGGCUUACACCCGCCAGCGCGUCGACUCGUACGACGCAGGGAGCUACUUCCCGCCCGCGACGCAGAUCGCCAAGGGCUUCAAGCAUGGCGACCAUCUCGCCCCGGAGACGGGACCCCUUGGAUCGCGCCAACGCGCGGUCUCCGUCGGCACUCUCGAGGAUCCCGUCCGGGGCAUGCAGCGCCGCGCGUCGGUCGCGGGCCUCUUGAACAGCGGGUACAUCAACGAGUAUCAAGGCAAUGUCUAUAACGCGGCCGGCCACGCCAUGACGCCGUCCGGCAUCCUCAAGUCGGAUAGGGCGGCUGCGGUCGGACGCGCCGCGGCCACCUCCGUUCACUUUCCCGGUGGAGACCUCGCAGGGGACCGUGCAUCGCCCUAUCUCCAGGCCCCUUCCAACCAGGGUCGCGCGGUGUCCCCGAAGUCGGAGGGAUCGUCGUCGCAAACGCAGACGCCCACGCGCUCGCUUUGGAUCGGCAAUCUGGAUAGCUCUGUGACCAGCGAGCAGCUCAUCCACGUGUUCGCCCCUUACGGAGCUAUCGAGAGCUUGCGGCUUCUCCCCGAAAAGGAAUGCGGUUUUGUGAACUUCGUCGACAUGGCGGACGCCAUCCGGGCGAAGGACGAGGUCCUCAACCGCCUCGGUGGCAACAUCGGCAUGCCCAACGGCCAGACGGUACGCAUCGGGUUCGGGAAGGCCGACAGCGCGCCGCUUGCUCCCGGCAAGGGCAACAACGUCAGUAGCCCGACCCCGACGACUCCGGGCGCGUUGACGAAGUCCCCCGGCACGCCGUCGGGCGUGAGCGGCAUGGACGCUCAGCUGCAGUCGACCCCGACCCGGGCUCUGUGGAUUGGAUCCAUCCCGUCGACGACCACUCCGGCGGCGAUCCUGAGUGUCUUCAGUCCUUAUGGUCCUAUCGAGUCUGCGCGUGUUCUCACUCACAAGAACUGCGGCUUCAUUAACUUUGAGCGUUUGGACGACGCUGUGCGUGCCCGAAAAGCGCUCAAUGGGCGUGACAUCCUUGGUAGCGACGUCGGCGCGAUCCGCAUCGGCUUUGCCAAGGUUCCGGUCAAGAAUGCCGCCGAAGGCGCGUCGAAUGAGGACGGCGCAGCACCGUCGCUCCCCGUCGGAGGCAUCGGAGAGCUCAGCGUCGGAGCGUCCAUCCACGCCCUGCGCAACGUCAAGGGUGCCUCGGCGAUCCCGACCGACCAGCAGGUCCUGAGCGGCGCGGUCGAGAACUACCGCUCCAACCUGCUGUUGAGUAUGCUUGGUUCGGGGGCGCACACCAUCGAGGGUUUGCCCAAGCCGGGCGUGUGGCCGUCGUCGGUUACAGAGCAGCAGAUGAUCUUCAGGGAGCUUAGUGGAGGGGCUCCGGACGCGGAGCAAGAGAUCGUGGCGCUCGCAGAGUUCCGUCCUCCUACGAUGUACUACACGACCAUUCCGCUCGUGUCCGAACGUCCCAACACCAGGCGAUGGGAUGCCUCCAAGCUCCGUGAGCUGCGCAAGCGUAUGGAUUCGAACUCGAUGACCCUCGAAGAGAUCGACGCGACCGCCUCGGAGUUCCUCGAUAGCGAGAUCGUCGACUUGGCCUCCGACUGGCUUGGCAACACAGUGGUUCAGAAGCUCUUCGAGAAGUGCUCGCCCGCCCCUCGAAUGGCGAUGCUCGAGCGACUUAGCCCCCACCUAGCCAUGAUUGGCAUCCACAAGAACGGGACGUGGGCCGCGCAGAAGAUCAUCGAAUGUGUUCAGACGCCUGAGGAAGUUGCCUUGAUUGCUCAGAACCUCCGUCCUUACGGCCCCCCGCUGCUUCUCGACCAGUUCGGGAAUUACGUUGUCCAAUGCUGCCUGCGCUUCGGUUCUCCCGCCAACGACUUCAUCUUCGACGCAAUGGUCGACCGUCUGUGGGAAAUCGCUCAAGGUCGUUUCGGUGCUCGCAGCAUGAGGGCCUGCUUGGAGAGCCCUUUGAUCACGAUCAACCAGCAGCGACGGGUUGCUACCGCCAUCAUCCUCAACUCGAUUCCGUUGACGACAAACCCGAACGGCGCGUUGCUCUUGACGUGGCUCCUGGAUACCUCGGGCUUCCCGUCGAGGUACAACUUGCUGGCGCCGCGCUUCACGCCGCACCUCUCGCACUUGUGCACGCACAAGCUCGCCUCGCUCACGGUUCUCCGGAUCGUGAACCAGAAAGUCGAGCCCGAGGCCUCCGCCCAGAUCGUUGAUGCGCUGUUCAAUUCUCCCGGCGAUCACGUCCUUACGGACGUUCUGGGUGACCAGGUCAACGGCGUCGCCGUCGUCCACAAGAUCCUCACAACGCCCUUCAUCGACCCGGCCAAGCGUCCCCAGUAUAUCGAGGCGACCAAGCGUGUCCUCAUCGAGCUCAAGGUCAUCGCGACGCAAGCCUAUCGCCGCCUGAUCGAGGAAGUUGGCCUUCCCAUUCCGAACUUCCAGCCGACGUACAACAACGUCCCGCCGCCCGGCACCAAGGGCAAGUUGUCUAACCAAAACAGCUUCGGUGUCCCGGGUCUGCCGUCCGCCUACGCGAACAACGACCAGGGCUUGGCCUCACUCAUGGCCUCGCUUCAGAUGGCCGGCCAAAACCCGCACUCGAACCCGCACUCGCAGCUCGCGAUCGACCCGGCCUACGGCCAGCAGCAGCAGCUCCCGCCGCAGCCGCCGCAAGCACAGAACAACGGCGGUCGCCGCGCCACGAACCCGAACGCCAGCCUCGCAUUCUCUCCGACGUCCGACCCUUUCAACCCCUUCGGGAUGCGCUCACCCGAUGUGUCCUCGCCCGGCCGCGGCGGUCGCCGCAACGGCAAUCUGCCGCCGGGUCCGUCGAUGUCUCCCGGCCCCGUUUAUCAGGGAGGAUCCCCCGGAAGCCUCAGCCAAGCCGGCAACAUGCUUGGCAUGGGUCAGCCCGCCUACGGCGUGAUGGGCUCCCCGCAGGCGCAAUCCGUCCAGCCUCCGCUCUACCAGAACUACAUGUAUCAACUGUACCAACAAAACCCGCCCGGGAUGACCUAUCAGUAG